AUGAACGCUAUUGGAUGCAUUGUUCCUCUCAAAUAUAUAUCGGAAUGCAUGCGUCCGAGAAUUCGCAGUACUCGAAAUGUUGUUGCUCUCGCUAAGCAGCUGUGGCUCUCUGUGACGGCCGUCGGCGCCGACAAUGCCAAUGCAUUACAACAGCAGGUGCAAGAUACGGAACUCGAAAAGCUUGCUGAGAAAGAUCUCAACAGAACGUCAAGUUAUCUAUUGGCCGCAUGA